AUGAAGAAGCUUAAUCAAGCACUUCAAUGUUUUGAUCGUGCCCUUCAAAUUCGACAAGAAGUUACACCUACUGCACUACCUGCUAUUGCGAAAGUCUUACAUGAAAUUGCAGCUGUGUAUUUCGAUCAGCAACAGUAUCAAAUGGCUCUUGAUCAUUUGCGCCAGUGUCUGGCUUUUGAGCUAAAGUCAUUGCCAAAGACUCAUAUUGAUAUAGCUCAGUCCCACAACUCUAUUGCAUCUGUACUAUGGUAUCUAAAAGACUACGUUCAAGCAUCGCAGGAAGCACAACUUGCUGUGGAAAUUGCUUUACAUUCUCUGGAAGCGUCUGAUCCGUUAGUUAUCAGGUUCAAGCAACUGCUAACUUCGAUUUCACACUGCUUAAAGUCGGAGAAUGAAAAAAAAAUGGACGAAAGUAAAUCAACGCCACUCAGUUGA